AUGGCCAUCCGCUUGAGAAGGAUUGUCCUCCUCUCCACCGCCGCAUGCACGCUGUUGUUCCUCUUCUGGCGUCUGCAGGAACGAUUCGUAGACACAACCCGCGAAAGUGUGACGGAAGACACCCGCAGUAGUAGCUACCGUAGCCGAUACGGCGUCGGACCAGGCCACCUCCUCAACCCAGUGUCCAGCUAUAUCCCUCUGCCGACGACCGCGCAGGUCUUGCCCCGGAUCCAGCAUGACUUCAAGGCAGCAGGAGUUGGCCGUGCGGCGGGCGGCAAAACUCGACUCGCGCGUCUCGAAAUCAUUAAGGAGGCCAUGGUACAUUCGUGGCGCGGCUAUCGCGAGAACGCCUGGCUACAGGACGAGCUCGCUCCUGUCACGGGCGGAUCUCGCAAGACUCUAGGCGGCUGGGCCGUCACGCUCGUGGACGCGCUCGACACGCUCUGGCUGAUGGGCAUGACGGCCGAGUUUGACGAGGCGGUCGCCGCCGUGGCGGACAUUGACUUCACCACCGCCACGCAACUGCCGAUUAACGUGUUUGAGACGACCAUCCGAUACCUCGGCGGCCUGAUUGGGGCGUAUGAUGUGAGCGGAGGCAGGUAUCCGAUCUUGCUUGACAAGGCGAGGGAAUUAGGGGACAUGCUGUACGAGGCCUUCGACACGCAGAAUCACAUGCCCGUCACGAAAUGGUCGAAGAUUGGCCCCGGCAUUGAGGCGCCAAAUGCUCAGACGCUGAUUGCAGAGCUGGGCACGCUCAGUCUCGAGUUCACGAGGCUCACGCAGUUGACAGGGGAUCCAAGGUACUACGAUGCCGUGCAGCGCGUGACCGACUGCUUGGAAAGCCAGCAGAAUCAGACAAGAUUUCCGGGGUUAUUCCCCCAUAUCGUCAACGCCAGAGAUUGCUAUUUCUUUGAUGGGGUAUCCUUCUCCCUGGGCGGGUCUGCGGACUCGGUGUACGAAUACUUCCCCAAGGAGUAUCAGCUACUGGGUGGCGGUGCUGAACAGUAUAGAACGCUUUACGAGAUCGCCAAGGGCCCGAUCAAAAGCUCCAUCCUCUUCAGGCCCAUGACUCCAACGAACGCGGACAUUCUUCUAGCGGGCAUGGUGAAGGCCUAUAGACCUGGCCACACGAAGCUGAUACCCCAGACGCAACAUCUGGCAUGUUUUGCAGGCGGCAUGUUUGCAUUGGCAGCAAGAAUGUUCGACACGCCAGAGGACAUGGACACGGCCAAGAAACUGGUCCGUGGCUGUAUCUGGGCGUAUAACCAGACCGCGACCGGCAUCAUGCCCGAGAUGUUGCAUGCCGUUCCUUGCUCUGAGGAGCACCCCGAAUGCCCUUGGGACCAACAACGUUGGGCAGAGGCCAUGUUUGAGCUCAACACGAAGGACGAAUCGCCCGAGGAUAAACUCCUGCCGGAAGAUGUGCGUGUCCGUCAAAAAUCCCACCGCCUGCGGUUCUCAAAGGGCAUUUCCGCCAUCGCAGAUCGUCAAUACGCUCUGCGUCCAGAAGCCCUGGAGUCCAUCUUCGUGCUCUACCGUAUCACGGGUGAUGAGUCGUUGCGCGACGAUGCGUGGCGCAUGUUCGAGGCAAUCAUGAAGCAGACCAGAACGGCAUAUGGAUUCUCGAGUAUCGAAGAUAUCACCGUGUCGGAGUCCAAAAAGACCGACCGAAUGGAGAGUUUCUGGAUGGCAGAGACCUUGAAGUACAUGUGGUUGCUGUUCGAGGACCCAACCGUCGUGAGCCUGGAUGAAUUUGUGUUCAAUACUGAGGCACAUCCAUUCCGACUGGAAACAGCGAGAUAG